AUGGCGGCGGCGGGAGGCGGCAGCGGCGAGGGGGGCGCGGGCCUGGGCGGCGCGGCGGGGCCGGGGUCGGGGUCUGGGUCGGGGCCUCGCGGGCCGGGUCCCUCCGCCGGCGCGAGCGAGGACCCUGCCCCGGGCUCCGCGCCCAGCGCGCUGCACCCCGAAGAGGUCGCCGCGCGGCUGCAGCGGAUGCAUCGGGAGCUGAGCAACCGCAGGAAAAUCCUGGUGAAAAACCUGCCCCAGGACAGCAACUGCCAGGAAGUUCAUGAUUUAUUACAAGACUAUGAGUUAAAGUAUUGUUAUGUGGACAGAAAUAAGCGAACAGCUUUUGUUACCUUACUGAAUGGGGAACAAGCCCAGAAUGCAAUUCAGAUGUUUCAUCAAUAUUCUUUUCGAGGAAAGGACUUAAUUGUUCAGCUCCAGCCAACAGAUGCUUUGCUGUGUAUUACCAACUUACCCACUUCUUUCACAUUAGAAGAGUUUGAAGAACUUGUUCGUGCUUAUGGAAAUAUCGAGAGAUGUUUUCUAGUCUACAGUGAGGUUACUGGCCAUUCCAAAGGCUAUGGAUUUGUGGAAUACAUGAAAAAGGACUUUGCCGCAAAGGCUAGAUUGGAGUUAUUGGGUAAACAAUUGGGAGCAUCAGCUCUGUUUGCACAAUGGAUGGAUGUUAAUCUGUUGGCCGAAGAGCUAAUUCAUUCUAAGUGCCUUUGUAUAGAUAAACUCCCUAGUGACUACAGGGAUUCAGAAGAACUGUUGCAAUUUUUUUCCAGUAUACAUAAACCUGUGUUUUGCCAGCUUGCACAGGAUGAAGGCAGUUACGUUGGUGGCUUUGCAGUGGUGGAAUAUAAUACUGCAGAGCAUGCUGAAGAGGUUCAGCAAGCCACUGAUGGUAUGACCAUCAAGGGAAGCAAAGUCCAAGUUUCCUUCUGUGCCCCGGGAGCACCUGGGCGAAGUACAUUAGCGGCAUUGAUAGCAGCUCAACGUGUGAUGCACAGUAGUCAAAAAGGCUUACUUCCAGAGCCAAAUCCUGUACAAAUUAUGAAAAGUUUAAACAACCCUGCCCUGUUACAAGUCCUUCUACAACCCCAGCUCUGUGGGCGAGCUGUUAAACCAGCAGUUCUUGGAACACCUCACAGCUUGCCACAUCUGAUGAGUCCAUCCAUCUCCCCUGCAUUUUUACAUCUGAAUAAAGCACAUCAGAGCACAGUUACGGGUAAUGCUUCUAAUUUAUUCCUUCAGAAUCUGUCUCAUGUACCAUUGGCACAGCAACAAUUAAUGAAGUUUGAGAAUAUUCCUACUAAUAAUAAGCCGGGCUUACUUGGAGAUCCCCCAGCCAUGGUACUUCAAACCGCAGUAGGGAUGGGGUCAGCACUUACUUUGAAAACGGAGUUGGGUCAUCAUGGAGAAGCACAUAAAACGUCUAAUCUGAUUCCAACUCAGACAACUGUAACAGCUGGAAUGGGCAUGUUACCAUUCUUUCCCAAUCAGCACAUUGCUGGGCAAGCCGGGCCAGGGCAUGGGAAUUCUCAGGAGAAACAGCCAGCCUCGGUGGGGAAGGCAGAAGGAACUUUCUCAGGGUCACAGGCUUAUCUUCAGAGCUUUCCAAACCUUACUGCAGGAGGCUUGCUGAUCGGACACCAUAAGCAACAGCAAAGUCAGCCCAGAAGCUCGGAGAUAAGUUCAGGGGCUGCUUCUAAGCAUCAGACAUCACUGUUAGGAGAACCACCAAAAGAAAUACGGCUCAGUAAAAAUCCAUACUUGAACUUGGCAAGUGUGUUGCCCAGUGUGUGCUUAUCAGCCCCUGCAAGUAAAACCACCCUACAGAAGACUGGAAUUGCAGGCAACAUUCUGGAUGUAAUCUCUCAGGGAAGUGAAUCACAACACAUGUUGGAAAAGUGCAUUUCUUAUUCUCAACCUUUUGGUGAUUAUGCACAGGUGUCAUCUUUAAGAAGUGAAAAGCGAGGCUCAUCAUAUCUCAUCUCUGCCCCAGAAGGCGGUUCCGUGGAAUUUGUCAACCAGCAUUCUCAGGGCCCAGGAGCAUAUUACGUGGAAACCUACCUAAAGAAGAAGCGCGUCUACUGAGUUAAGUUCUCUCCUUAGAGCCUCCUAAGGUUUUUUGCAGGGUCUCUGCUGGUCAUCGCUGCCUUAACUACAUUCAGACUAGCCAUAUCCUUUAAAUACGGGUUUCUAAUUUCCCAGAAGGAACUGUAUAGUGCAGCAAGCAGAAUUGCCAAAUAAAAAAUAAGUAGCAAUAAGACAAUUGAGGACAUGUUCCAUUAGAAUUAGAUGCAUCUUAAUGUGAUAUUAACUUACAGCCCAUUGGAGAAUUUAACAGUGCUCCAAUAUUCCUUGUUUAGGACUGGGAGUAAUUUUGUCACCAUCUAUAGAAGUGUGAAGCAAUAAAUGGGAAACAGUCUUGUUUCCCUGAGCCUUAGAAGAAUGAGUUUCUUAUAUGCCAGUGUGCAUUUCAAUUGACUUUCCCUAGAUAUAACUCAUUUAGAGAUUUUUUUUUAGGACUUUUUCCUAGAACUACAAGAGUGCAAGUACAAGACACAGUGGUGGUAAUGUUAUAAAGAUGCUCUAUGUGCAAACUAAAUAAUUACCCCCACGCUAGCUCUGCAGUAUAAAACCCAGAGUGGUAGUGAUGUCCAAGUUACACACAACUGCAGAUGCUUUACUUUUACUGAUACGUACCGCUUAUACCUUUUGUGAAAAACAAGGUAUUUUUAAAAGUAGUUUUGGUGAAGUAAUUUCAGGGAUUGGCAGACUACACCCUGGGGUCAAGUUCAGUCAUCCCUGUUUUUAUAUUGUCUGCAAGCUAAGAGUGAUGUUUAUA